CCACGAAUACUACAAAUACUACAAGGACUACAAAUGAUACGAUGACGACAAAUACUACAAUGACUAGACAUCCUACAAUUACUACAAAUACUACAAAUAAACCAUAUACAGAAAAUACAAAUACUACAAAGACAGCGAAUACUACACAUACUACAAAUUCCAUAAAGACUACGAAUACUUCAAAUACUACAAAUACUACAAAGAAUACAAAUACCACGAAUACUACAAAUACUACAAGGACUACAAAUGAUACGAUGACGACAAAUACUACAAUGACUAGACAUCCUACAAUUACUACAAAUACUACAAAUAAACCA